UUGCUGGACUACGACGGCAAGUGCGCCUUCCCCCAUGGGCACACCUACCGGGCCGAGGUCUUUCUUCAAGCCAACUCCCUGGACUCUCAGGACUUGGUGUUCGACUUCACCGAACUGAAACGUCGGGUUAAAAUCUGGAUCGACGAGAAUUGGGACCACGCUUUCCUGGUCAACAGCCGGGACACCGAACUCAUCGAUGGACUGGCCCCAGCGUCCAAAGGACGAAUCUACCAAUUCGAAAGCAGCAAUCCUUCCUGCGAAGUGAUAUCCCGCGAACUGUACAACGUGGUGGCCAAGCUUUGCGGUAUGUCUCCGGCCAAGGUGCGGCUCUGGGAGUCGCUGGACCAGUAUGCCGAAUAUGACGGCGCCGGCGGAGCGACGGGAUAG